GGGAAGGCUUUGCUGGUAGUUGUAGCACACACGGCACACCACACGGUUUCGUCCUCGUCCACCAUGCUAUCGUCCUCGCACCUCGUUAAGCUGCCCCUCCUGCCGCGCGGCCUCCUCUCGUACCUCCCCGCAUCCAUCCUCCCGAGCGGGCGCGAGAGCACCGCGGACGCAGCACCCUCCACGCCGCCUUCUUCCAAGAAGAUGUCGUCGUCCGCGCAGCAGCAGCAGCAGCAGCAAGCGGGCAGCAGCAAGGCGGAGUCGGCGGAGCUGGCGCGCGUGUUCGAGCUGUUCGACAAGGACGGCGACGGGCGCAUCACGCGGGAGGAGCUGGCGGAGUCGCUGCGCAAGCUGGGCAUGGGCGUGCCGGGCGACGACGAGCUGGCGUCCAUGAUGGCGCGCGUGGACGCCAACGGCGACGGGUGCGUGGACGCGGAGGAGUUCGGGGAGCUCUACCGCGGCAUCAUGGACGGCGCCGCGGAGGAGGAGGAGGAGGAGGACGACGACGACGACGACAUGCGGGAGGCGUUCCGCGUGUUCGACGCCAACGGCGACGGGUACAUCACCGCGGACGAGCUGGGCGCGGUGCUGUCGUCGCUGGGGCUGCGGCAGGGCCGCACCGCGGAGGAGUGCCGGCGCAUGAUCGGCCGCGUGGACCGCGACGGCGACGGCAGGGUCGACUUCCGCGAGUUCCGCCAGAUGAUGCGCGCCGGCGGGCUCGCCGCGCUCGGGUGAUGGGUGACCGUCGCCGGCCGGUGCUGCCUCCUGCUCCUGCACCUGGGCCUGGCCAUGGAGCGCCGGGCACCUUUUUCUGCAUCUGCGUGCUUGAUUUCGUGUGCUAGAAAGAACCUGUAGAUAGAUAUUGCUUGCUUGGAGCGAGGGGGGAGCUCACGUCACGUAACCGCGUUGUUCCGUCUUCGUUCUGUUGCUUUGGUUUCGUUAGAAUUCAUGGGCUUGCUAAUUAACUGUUGUAUGUACUGGUUGUUGCCCUGCCCUUAGGGCUGAUUUGGUGACCGGGGAUCCCGAGGGGAAGAAAUCCUCUUGCUAUUUAAAAUUGAAUUGCGAGGGGAUUCCUCCCCAUGGAUCCCCUAGGGAUCCCUAAUCACCAAAUUAGCCCUUAAGGUUUGCUCGGGCCUCGGGGACAAGGUUUCCCCUGUUUUAUUCAGGUCAGGGCUUUAUUUCUUCUAUCACAUGGCAGCAUCUCCUGUAGUCUGCA